CAAUCACUCCUGUGACUAAGAUGUUAAGACACGUGAACUUCCGGGAAAACAAAAAAAACGUGAAUCUCUGAGGAUGGGUGCUACUUUUAUCAUUUUAGGUACAUCAAUACUUGCUAUAUUUUUGGCUGGAUACUUUGCUCAGCAUUACCUUCCCCCACCAAAACCAAAGAUAGUUGGUAUAGAUCUUGGUACUACAUUUUCAUGUGUUGGUGUAUAUCAUGCAGUGAGUGGUAAAGUGAAUAUUCUAGAAGCACAAGACGGACAUAAGUGUAUACCUAGUGUUGUAGCAUAUAGUGACGAUGGAAUACUUGUGGGAUAUAAAGCAGUAGCUCAGUCAGAACAUAAUCCUGGAAAUACCAUCUACGAUGCCAAGCGUUUUAUUGGUAAAGUAUUUGGUAAAGAGGAGUUACAGACAUUACAGAAAACCUAUCCAUUUCAGAUGGAAGCAGAUGAACAUGGAAUGAUACGAUAUGUUAUAUCAGUCAAUAAUACAGAACAAAGGGUUAGACCAGAGGAUAUAGGAUCCACCAUUAUAGAAUUUCUUAAAAAUGCUGCUGUCACGAAUCUGACUUCUCCAGUUACUAAAGUAGUUAUGUCAGUACCAGCUGAGUUUGAUCAGCUUCAGAGAAAUUAUACCAGGAAGGCUGCUAAUAAUGCUGGUUUAGAGGUGUUCAGAAUAAUUAAUGAACCAACAGCAGCUGCACUAGCCUAUGGACUGCACACUAAGCCAAGUCUAAGUAAUGUUUUAGUGAUAGAUCUUGGUGGUGGUACAUUGGAUGUAUCUCUACUCAAUGUUCAGGGAGGGAUGUUUCUCACACAGGGUAUGGCUGGUAACAAUAUACUAGGGGGAGAGGAUUUCAAUGAGAGACUUCAUUCUUAUUUAAAGACUGUGAUAGAGAAGAGACACAAACAGUCAUUGACUGACAAAGAAGAUCUACAAACAUUACGAUUAGCAGUGGAAGAUGCUAAAAUAAAUCUAACAUCAUCUGACCACACAUUUCUUAGUAUACAUUUGCAUUCUUUAGGUAAAAAUUCAUUAUUUCAAGAAAGGAUAACUAGAUCGAAAUUUGAAGAGUUGAACUCUGAUCUUUUCAGUAAGGUGAUAGAUCCUAUACAAACAGUUUUAAAGGCUACCAAUCUACCUCCGGAGGAGAUUGAUGAAAUAGUGUUAGUAGGUGGAUCAACUAGAAUUCCAAAGGUUAGACAGCUGAUACAUAAAUUCUUCAACAAGAAACCCAACACAAAUAUAGACCCUGAACUGGCAGUGGCAAUGGGAGUGUCUGUACAGGCUGGUAUUAUUGGAGGAAUGUGGCCUUUGACUGUCAGUGCAGUAGAACUACCCACCAGAGUCAAGAAAAUACAAAUCAACUAAUCAUUACUUAUUGUUUUAAAUAGGGGAGAUAAAAAGCAAGGUGUGUGAUGGAUGAUAGAAUAAAAAAGUGAAUGAGAAUUAUAAAUGAGAUAGGGCUAUAAGACUGAAAAAAGAAAGAAAAAUAAUCUGAGAGGGAAGGAAAAUUGUUAAUUUUUAAAUGGUACAUGAAUGUAAAUAUUAACAGUCAUAUAUAUAGUGUAUGGUACAAUGAUCUGAAAAAUAUUCCUGUAGUAAGCUUUAUUUUGCGUCUAAAUAAUUAUAUAAUUUGUAUCAUCAAUCUUUAUUUUUUCUACAGGGAUUGUUAUUGUUUUGUUUAUCAUCACCUGCUCAUUGUUAUUGUUUUGUAUGUAUAUUUCAGCCCUGGAGGGAAAAUUAAGCAAUUUAAAGGUAGAAUUUUAAUUCUACUUUUGAAAAAAAAAAAAGGUGUAAAAAUGCUGGAAAAAUUUGAAAUACAACUAAUGCUUACUCCAUACAAUGUCUAUGUAAAAAAAUCAAAAUAGGUAGAAAUUUUAUUCAGUCAUUUAACCUUGUUUUAAUUGUAUAUUUUUACCUUAUAAAUUUUCAUUGUCAUUUCUUCUUUAGACUAUUUUGGUAGUGUCCAUCUUCGCUAGCCAAGGGUUACGAUCCACUCUCGCUCUCUUCACCCUUGGCAGAUUGAGCCAACAUUUGUGAUAUCAAUGUUGCGCCAUCUAUCGAAAGAUUAAAGUCACGCCCAUUCCGAAUACAUUAUUCUUGACCAAUGGUAGCACUUGAACUCUUCAAUUUGGAGUCAAAAACACGGUAGCGUCUAGAUUCACCCACUUGGUAAAACCGGAAACAAAAAUAUACGUCAACAUUCAUGCAUUUGUGCAUGAAACAUACACAGAAACUUCUAUUAGUUGAUUAAAAACAUUUAAGUUGUCGCUAAAUAAAGUCAUAUGUUUAAUGAUGUAAAGACUUGUUGCACCAUACACAUGUGGCACUUGUUUACAAACACUUUCUAGGUUUACACGUGAUCAUGUAAUAGGCGCUUUUUGAUUGGAUGCAGGGAGUUUCUACUGAACCAAUAAAAAUCCUUACCUUGUGUCUACGAAAUAUUAUCUUAAUCCGCCAAGGGUGAAGAGAGCGGGAGUGGAUCGUAACCCUUGGCUAGCGAAGAUGGGUAGUGUCCUGGGGUUUCCUAACUUUAUUUGUUGUUAUAGCAUUUUAAAUAAAUUGUCUAAAAAGGCAUCACUAGUUACAAUUUAUAUAUAUAAUACAGUAUCAAUUACUUAUGCACUUAAAAGAACAUUUUUAUUUAUUAUCUGUGAGCAUAAAAGGAACUGAAGUUUCAAACUGAGAUUUUCAUUUUAAUGCAGAUUUUUUUUAGCUUGUAUUUUUCAAAACAUUCCAUGAUGAAGAACAGUCUUCAAUUCCAUGAAUUAUACUAGUGUAAUUAUGUGGUUUGACCAUAUUCAUUGCUUGGUUAGUGUUGCUUUUGUUGAAUGCAUCUUUGUACACAUGGAGUAGCUUACAAUGAUAGAUGCUCUGAUAUAAACAAAUGUAAAAAAAGACUCAACUUGCAUCAGUCUAGAUCUGCUCCUACCUAUAUUAUAUUUUUAUGUUGUGAUACAAUUAUCAACAAUCAAGACCACAUUAUUUUUAAGUGGAAUUAGUUAUAAACCCACCUUUAAUGUAAAUAAUAUUUGUAGGCAAAAAUAACCAACAUGACUAUAAAACCAAAUAAGUGCUAAAAUAGUGUUAUGAUUCUUACAACAUAAUGUUCAAACUGAGAGGUUUCUAACGAAACCAAAUAGACUCAUAAUAACCCAUACAUGUAUAUUGAAACUUUUUUUAUGUUAAAAAGUAUUAUAAAUAAGUAGAUUUAAUAGUUAUUUUCCAGUUGUGUUGAUGAAUUCAAGAAUCCUAUAUUUAAAAUGUCCAAGGACAACAGCCAUUAAGUCCUGUAGUACAAUCAUGAAUCUACAUCUCCAUAGUUCACUGAAACAUCGGAACUUUUGAUUGGCUGAUAAGAUUUGUGAGGCAUUAACAUAAUCAAAUUAUAUU